AGAUUUCCCAUCUCUAGUUUCAACAAAUGCUUCUUUUUCCUUUUUCUUAAAACUGCGGGUGUGAAAACAUGGCGCCAUUGGAUAAAUUUGUUACCUCUGCUAGGGCUAAAAGCGCAAAGGAUUCAAAAGUCCCGAAAAAACAAUUGCUGCGUGGCAAAACUAUGCUGAAGAGAAAAAAAGAGCAUCUUAGAUUUGGUGUUGAUUGCACCAAUAUUGCUGAAGAUAACAUUUUGGAUGUUGCAGAUUUUGAAAAGUACCUUAAAGAGCGCUUCAAGGUCAACGGAAAGGUUGGCAAUUUCGGCAAUAGUGUGUCAUUUGAACGCCAGAAAAUGAAGGUUUACAUAAAUGCGGACGUCCAUUAUUCCAAGCGGUACUUGAAAUAUUUGACUAAGAAGUAUUUGAAGAAAAACAGCUUGCGUGAUUGGAUUCGCGUCGUGUCCAACGAUAAAGAUUUAUAUGAACUACGCUACUUCAGAAUUAGUUCGAACGAUGACGAAGAGGAAGAAAAUGAAUAAAAGAGGUAACACAACGUUGAAGAAGUAUCAGUAACCUUUUUCAAAA